UGCAGAUUUUCCACACUGGGUUUUUUGCCAGUGAUGUAAUCAAAGGAUGUGAAACCUACUUCAGCCUGUGUGAAACAAAGGUGAGGCAUUAAACAUCAGAGAUCUCUGUGUGCACUGACCUACAGGACUGAGAGGAAAAAAGGAUGACAGACAAACAGAGCCACGAUACUGCGACUGAGAGUGUUCCUAACUAUGGAACUGCCCCAACAAUGUAUGAUCCCCCUCCGUAUCCAGUGGUCCCUAUCAUGUACCCCAUACCCUAUCUUGCACAAGGCGGCUAUGUUGCACCCAACCUGCCACCAGAAGAGGCCGGCUUCAGAAAAAUAGAAGAACCAAGUGCACCUGUGGUCAUGACAGGUGUCACUUAUCCAGCUGAGGAAACUGAAAUUAUUGUGUCAGAAUUUGAGGAUGAAAAAAUUCGGAAAGCGUUUAUAAGAAAAGUGUUCAGUGUAGUCACACUUCAGUUACUAGUCACCUUCACUGUGGUCUGUGUGUUCACCUUCUCAAGCACAGUCAAGGCAGCUGUGCAGGGUAACUUAUGGGUGUACCUCAGCUCAUACAUUGUUUUUGCAGUGGUGGCUGGGUGUCUUGCUAUAUUUUCCACAUUUAGUCGCACUCAUCCCUGGAACCUGCUGGGAUUGUCAUUGGUCACUCUGAGUCUGUCCUACAUGGUGGGAACUGUAGCCUCAUAUCACAACACAACUGCUGUGAUCAUUGCUUUAGGAUCAACUCUGGUCAUCUCAUUUACCAUCAUCAUUUUUUCUGCCCAGACUCGUGUGGACUUUACUGUUUGUAACGGCAUUCUGCUCAUACUUUCUGUCGAUUUACUCAUGUUCGGAUUCUUCAGCAUCUUUUUCUACUCCAGUGUUCUGCAAAUUGUCUACGGAUGUCUGGGAGCUCUUCUUUACGCACUGUUCCUGGCAGUGGACUGUCAGUUGGUGAUGGGCAGAGAGAAAUACAGCCUUAAUCCUGAAGAGUACAUCUUUGCUGCUUUAAUAAUCUACCUGGAUAUCAUUAUGAUAUUCCUCUACAUACUUAUGAUUAUGGGCGGAGGUUCCAAAAACUAAACCCAUACUGUACAUAUAGAUCCAUGCACACAUACAUACAGACACAAACACAUUAACAUAUUCAGUACAGUGCACACACUCAGUGAUGCUCCAAGUCUGCACACAGUAUGUGCACAGUACUUGACAUCUUGUUUUCAAAAGGAUUUAAGCAAACCACAGCAGAUUAUCCAGAAUGCUGCAGCCUGGCUGAUAUUCAACUGACCAAGUACUCUCACGUCACACCUCUGCUACACUCCUUACUCUGUUCCAAACACUUGUCCUGGCAUACAAGGCAGUCAGUCAAUGGACAUGCACUCUCCUAUAUAGUUUCCUGUUCCUGUUCUGAUGCCUAGACUAACCCAAUUCGACUGACCACCACAACAUGCCUUGUCAUACCCUCACCUCAAUGCCCCUCCAAAAGGGCUAAGAACUUUGCUUACCCAAAUAGUAGAAUCAACUUCCCCUACACAAUCUUCAUUCGAGUGCAGGUUCAAGGCUCAUCUCUUUAAACUCUUUAAAGGCUCAUAAAGUGGUGGUGGCAUAGUGGACUAAAGCACCAAACUGGUAAGCAGAAGGUUGUUGGUUUGAUCCCCACAGCCGCCACCACCACCAUCCUUGAGCAAGACACUUAACUCCAGGUUGCUCCAGGGGGAUUGUCCCUGUAAAAAUGGCACUGUAAAUUGCUUUGGAUUAAAGUGUCUGCCAAAUGUGUAAAUGUAAACAAUAUUUAGAUUAAGUAAACAAUAGUUUGUGGUGGCUAUUAAAACAAUGGAACUUGUUUAUAUUUGUACAGGGCACACUUCUUUUACUAGCAGAUAAUCUUUUUGCUUGUCAUCUGUUGAUCACAAUUUGUGAAGCUAAAGCACUUUUUGUAAGAUGCUUUGGAUAAGAGUGUUUGCUUAAUGCUUUAAAUUUAAAUGACUAGUUCCCAGUAAUAAACACAGAAAACAUGUGGAUCAUGAAAUCCUUUCAAACUUAUACUCAGCUAUAAUAAUGUGACUGUACUCUUUCUUAUUUAUGCUUUAAUUAAAUCAGUGGUAAUGCUUUACAAGGUUCCAUUUGUUAACAUUAGUUAACAUGAAGUAACAAUGAACAAUAUAUUUUACAGCACUUCUUAAUAUUGGAUAAUGUUAAUUUCAACAAAUACUAAUACAUUUUUAAAAUGAAAAGUUGUUAAUUAUGUUGCACUAUGAAAUAACAUGAACUAACAAUGAACAAGUAUAUUUCUAUGAAUUAACAUGCUUUUACAUGCAGUAGAAAAGAAAUGUUCUUUAUUUGUUUAUGAUACGUAAUGCAUUUACAAAUGGUAACAAGUACAACCUUGUUGUAAAGUUUUACCAAAUAGAGAAACUCUGUUUAGUUUAUAUAUUUCAAUAAAACUUCUGUUCGAUGCAUUGUUUUAUGUAUAUAUUUCAAUAAAAAUUCUGUUCAGUUUCACAGAA